UUUGGUUGGUGUGAGCGCGAGCGAAGCUAGCCGCCAGUAGUUGGGCCUUCUCGGAUGAGGAGGCGAUGAUAUUUGUUCCUUGGCGCAGCGGAGGGCUGUACUUGGUCGUCUUCCGCAGGGCCGAGGGGCGCGACAAUAUUAAACAGAAGAACGAUGGCGCAGGAGAUCACAAAAAGUAGCUGAUACAGGAGAUGCUGCUGGCCGGAGGAUCUGUCAUCGCUCAGCAACUGGAGGCUAAGAUUAACAACAACCUUCACGCAAAUGCGCAGGCGCACGAGAACUUGCUCGAACUCUUGCGACGAACUCGUGUGGUGGUGCUGGAGGCGGCGGAAGUGGUGCCCAGAGUCAUGACGGCCACGGUGUGGUUGGUGGAGGGCACCACGGAGGGCCGCACCACCACUAUCAAGCGACGGAAGUCGGAGGAGGUGGGAGCCUCGGACACGGUCCCGGCGGAUCACAUGGCGUUGCCGGAGCGUUUAUGCUCGAGAGCAAAUCGCUGCAUGUGGAUGCCUUGAGGCACCAGGUUAACGUGGAGCUGCCGUAUCAUCGCCGGUUAGCUCCAAAGCAUCGUGCAACUAGACGAUACCACCUUCGGGAAGUUUGCAUCUUAGUCUGCAGCAGCAGCAGUAGCAACAAAC